CAUUACUUUUACGUUACCCAGCACUGAACCCCACAAACUCGUGGUGCCCGACUAAUUGUUUUUGUUGCGCUAAUCUUUGUUUCGAUUUGAUGUGAGAAAGUUCACCUGUGGCUGGAAAGUGUCUCACGGAACGCAGGCACCAUGUCAAUGCGACGCCAGCGCAUUAAGGCUCCGGCCAAUUUGUCGCUCAUAAAGCGCAAGCCUCGCAAGGAAGAAUCGGCUGUUCCCCUAGAAGAGCCUGAGGUGAAGAAUGGGGAGGCGGCGGCGCCGGAGCAGCAGACGGCCGAGCCGGAGGUUGCUGAUGCAACGGCCUUUAAGAUGCCUGUCAGCUCCGUCGGGCAGCUAGAGGAAGUCUUUCACUCGGAUCUGGAGGACAAUGUAAUACAGAUGGACUUGCAAAAGACCUCAGGAGGUUUUCCCAUGUCGCCAAGCAAAGCCCAGGCACGACAGCGUGUGCGCCCCACCCCAGUGUUUGGCCAGCGGCGCAACAGCUUUGUGGGCUCUCCAAUGGCCUCAGACUAUGACGGCGAGUACCAGUCCCCGGCCACACCCACACGGAGGGAGCGCUACCUCAGCGGUUCAUCAUCGGGAACGCCCCUGCAACAGGUUUCAUCGCCCAUGCCGCCAUCUCCCUACAAAUAUUUUCCACCCGUGAUGAGUCCUGGGAUGGGACGUAUCCGUACCGAGUCUACCUGCUCCACCUACUCGGAGGGAGGCGGAAAACGUAAGGGCGACGACAAGGCAGCGCAAUCCGGCCAACGGGUCAACGCUAGGCGAGACUUUGAGACGCGGUUUCACAAGGGCGUGCCCGAUAAAUCCACCUUCAAGAUGUUGGAUAUGAUCUUCUACAAUCCUGGAAACAACCCUAUGAAGCCAAAGCAGGCUAUUACGACAAUUAAGAACGAGACCAACGGGGAAGAAGCCAAGCCCACGACGGAUCAGUUGCUGGAGGCCAAGACAGAAUCGACAUCUGCCAUGCCUGUACCCCAAUUGAAGCUGGACGCCAAUGGAGAAAUGAUUAUCGAUGAGAAGACCCUGGAAAUUGAGACCACAGCUGAGGUAGAGGCGCGCAAAGUGCUGGCAAAUUCGUCGCUUAUAUUAAUGGAUGAGACUACAGGCGAUAACGGUUUCUAUAAACGCCAUAAGCGGACGCCAUUCUGGACAUCUGAAGAGACAGUCCGUUUCUAUCGUAGCUUGCAGAUUAUUGGCACGGACUUCUCGCUUAUGUGCCAAAUGUUCCCGACACGAUCGCGCCGCGACCUAAAACUAAAGUACAAGAAAGAGGAGCGCACCAACGGCCAGUUGAUCAACAAAGCUCUGCUUUAUCCCAAGGCAUUCAACAUUCAGGAACUAAAGGAUCAGCUGGCGCAGGAGGAUCGCGAACGUGAAGAAAACGAGCGACAGUGGAAGGAGAUAGCCAGUGCCAACCCUGAAAACUCCAAGAAGCGAUCGCGAUCCCAGCAUAACAGCAAGGCCUCCCGAUCUAUGACCGAUGGAGAUGUCGUCUACGAGAAUGAGCACAUAACCAAGCAGAAGCUCGGAAAGCGGACCUGGGCGAAACGACGCAAGGACUUGGAAGCAAGCGAAAACGACGGAAGUAUUCCUGCCAAACGAAAACCCAGGGAAGCCCGUCGGAAGCCCGCGAAUACACCUAAGCCAGUGGAAUCUAAUCCGGAUUCAACGACCAUUAAGCCUAUCAAACAAGAAGAUGUGGUUAAAACCGAACAAAUUUUAAGCCAACUACCAACAAAGGAAGUUCUGACAGCCGAGCUCAAUGGGCUUUUAGAGGACCCCGAGGAGGUAGAAGUAGAAGCUAUAGGCAAGUCCAGUGAUAAAACGGUAGUCAACUUACAGGAUAGUGCUGCGACAUAUGUUAAUCCAGUCAAUCCUGGGAACGAGGUGCCCAACCGGGGAUCAGAGACCUAUUACAUUAACUUUAUUGAUGAACCGGAUGAAGAUCAGGCCGAAAUAAUAACGCCAGAUGAUCCCAUUCCGCCACUGGCUGCUGAGCCGGACAUUGAACAAAUUAUCGCCGAACUGGCGGAGGGAUCUUUGGCUCUGGUCUCCUCGCUAGAUCCGCAGCAUGAGGAUCGGGUACUCAACGAAAUCUAUAUGCUGGAUAAAAAGACGGGCGAGUUGUGUGAAACGCCGCUGAAUAUACCCGAACAUAUAGUACAGUGCAUCAUGAAAGUUAUGCAAUUGGAGGACUAACAGCAUUAUGUAUAUGACAUCAAAUUAUUUGUUGCUAAAUAUAAGUUAUUAAAGCAAGUUAAUAGAUUUAAGUUUUU